AUGGCAAAUGCUUUGACUACAUUUUCACUUUUACUAAGAUUAGCCAUUCUUAUAUUUUUAUUUUUCAGUGAAAAACUAUUCAUGGACAUGGCUGAUAGAUUGGUUGAAGACGGCUUUAAAGAUGUUGGUUAUGAGUACAUAAACAUUGACGACUGUUGGGCUUCGAAGGAGAGAGAUAGCAAUGGUAAAUUGCAAGCUGAUCCUGACCGCUUUCCAUCUGGGAUAAAAAAGUUGGCAGAUUAUGUACAUUCAAGAGGACUUAAAUUGGGUAUUUACAAUGAUUAUGGUACCAAAACAUGCGGAGGAUAUCCUGGUAGCUUAGGAUAUCUAGAUGUGGAUGCCAAAACCUUUGCUGAAUGGGGUGUGGACAUGUUGAAGAUGGAUGGAUGUUACUCUGAUGUUAAGACAAUGCCACAAGGUAUUUGCAGUAAUACAGUCAAGGAGUUUUUAUUUUUUAGUAAAUGUUGUAAAAGUAAUACUUAUUCCAUUUGCUGCUCUCCACAUGUUUUAAUUAGAGGGCUGAAAUGCAAGUAUAAAAAAGGUUUACAAUCUUUCUGAAAAGAUGUUUCUGAC